AUGGGCUUUUACACUAGGGACUUUUUGAUGCAAAUGCCCUGCUUUGAUUUGAGUAAAGAAGCAUAGAUUUUUAAGAAGACCCAGCUAAUUUUUAUGUUUACUCUGAUGUGUUAGCAGCUUAGAGAAGGCUAUUUAAUUUUCUAUGAGUCGCAUUUUUAUUCAUUUAUUUUGUAUCUUUUGAUUAGUUAACUCUUUAGAUAUUAAAAUUUUCUUUAUCUAUUGUUAAUUAUGAUUGCUCUUAAGACUAAUUAAUAGGGUAGUAUUGUUCUCUUGAUAACAUUGAAUAGUUUUUCGUUUUUUCAUUUAAAAUGUUUUUAUUAUCUAUUAAAGGUUCUCUUUUUUGUAUUAAACUCUUGCUUUAAUUUGUAUUAUAUGAAAUGUUUUCUAUAUUGCUAAAAGAAAAUUUUGCAAAAUCAUCACGAUCGAUUUAAUUAAGUUGAUCUUAAUUCUUGUUAAAAGUGGAAUUAAUUUAUGUUACAUUAAGAUUUUGCUACUCUUAUUCUAUUGUGGAACAGCUUUAAGUGUUGGAUAAAACAUUUGAAUUAUCUUUAACUUAUAACUCUUAUUCAUUAAUCUAUAUUUUAACUACUCCGAACUUAGACUUUUAAAAUAGAUCACUUUUAUUGUUUCCAGCUUUAUUUUUUUAAUCUUACAACUAAAAUUGUUCCAAUUAGCUUUGAUAUUAGUUUCGUUGGCUGGUGGGUGCUUGAUAGAAGUAGUAGUUUUAUUAAAUUUAGCUUUAAUUAGGCUAUUUCUAACUAUUAUGUUCAUACAUAGUAUUAUUUCUUGCUCUUUCUUGUUCAAAUUAAUCAUGCAGAUUUCUCUUUAUAAUCACAGGGCUCUGGCUUUUUUAAGAUUUCUUCUGAAUUUAAUAUUCCAAAGAAGAAUUUUUUUAUGAUUAAUUUUGGUAUUAAUAUUGUGAGUUUUAUGAACUUAAGUUUGUAUUCAAUUUAUGGUGAGAAUCAGGUGAUUUUAGAAUAUUUUUUAUUUUCCUGA